AUCUGCGUGUGCAUUAAUCAUAAGUCUGUUUUAUGUUGGGUAGAACAGUGCGACUAGUGAGCACAUGGUGCGUGUCCCUGUGUUAGGGGGUGUAUUUUCUACACAGGUUCCUGGGCUGCUGUGCGGCUUUUAUUCAAAAAUCACCAUCCCGGAGAGCAAUCUGAUCUGAUCAGCACACGGGCAUUUUAAGGGAGAGGCCCCCACAGGACUGAUGUCGGGCUUAGGGUAGUGGGCUUAAGGGGCCAAUUAUGGCUCAUGGAAAGAGGCCAGGAUCCAUUUCCAAAAUAUUGGUACCCGGCACUUCAGCAUGCCCCGGUCCAGGACAGAGCCAAGAAGAGCAGGGAGGUUUGGUGAGUGAGGCGACUGAGCAACCACCUUGUGCGCUGGAGGAUGAUAAUAAUGACCAGCUGACUUCUCCUGUUUCUGCAAAUCACUAUUACAUGAGUUGUGACCCUAGUCCUGAGGACAUGGAGGACACCUGCUCUGAGUAUGACAACGUGGGCUCCGAUGUCGAGCAGGACUAUGAUGAGGUUCUGCAUUUGAACAGAGAGGGCGGUGUGGACAUGAGGUAUUACAAGCAGUACUGUCCCGAGGACGGUGGCUAUAUAAAGCAUGCUGUCAGUGAUAAUAUUAAUGAGAACACCAGUGCUCCUGACCAGAUGACUCCGAGACCACGGCAUGGCACAGAAAUAUGUGAGGGAUCACAAUCAGACGCUAAGCCGAGUAAGAUGAGCCAUCGCUUCAGGUCGCAUUGUGCCCCAGUUGCUGGUGAUGAAACAGAAGGGGGAGUUAAAAAGGGCCAGGAGGACAGGUUCUUCUUCGGUGAUGGAGAUGAGAUAGAAGAGGUGCUAGAUGGGGCCAAAUUUAUAGAGGAUUUAGAGGAGACGGAGGACAGUAUUCAGAGGCAGGCUAGCCUUUAUCAGAGUAAUGAGAACGAAAGAAUUAGGAAGGGGGGUGAGGAAAGGCAAAGAGAAGGUGACGUCCGAGUCACAAGGAACCCUAAUAUCCUAGGAGCCAGCAAGAAGUGUGAGCCAUCUCACAUGGAUUCAAAGGAGAAGGAGCGGCAGGGUAAAGGGCGAGGAAGGAGGGGAACGGGCGAGGGCAUCGAGCACAUUGCCUCUGGGAUCAAAGGAUGCAUGACCAGCAACACUGAGCAGCGUCCAAAGACUUUGCCCAGGGACUGUAAAAAAGUAGCCGUGAGGACCAAAGCUAGGUCCAGUUCCAGUAAGCGACACCCUAUUCCACCACCUCGCCACUCCCAUGCUCAGCCUCCUACUGAAACCCAGAAACCCCAGCCUCACAGAGAGCCUCCUCCUGUUCCCAGACCCAGUAAUUCCACUGCUAACAGCCGGGAGAGCGAACCCAGGGUUAUCAAGCCAUCCCUGGCUCCUCUUCACACACCAGAACAACAGAGGGAGUCUCUCGAGGAGAGACAGAGACGGCUAGAGAAACCCCAGCAGCAGAAUGAGAAGCUGAGCCCGGCUGCAAUGCCUGAGGAAUUGCCAGAGCAGGCGACGAGGUCUAUGUGUCCAGAGCCUGUCUCUGCAGAAGACAGCAACACUCCCAAGAAUACACAGGAAGCUGCUUCGUUUCCCAGCUUUGAGGAUGUCCCAGGUCCCUGCGAGCCAGAAGACCUUAUUGAUGGGAUCAUCUUUGCUGCUAACUACCUUGGCUGCACUCAAGUUUUGUCUGAUAAAAACCCAUCCAAGAGUGUCCGCAUGUCCCAGGCCCAUGAAGCUGUCAGUCAAAUCAAGAGCCAAGAUGAAGAUUCCCAAAUGAUGACAGAAGUGGACCUGUUUAUCUCCACUAAAGCUGUCAAAGUACUGAAUGCUGACACACAGGAAACAAUGAUGGACAGUGCCUUGCGGACCAUCUCCUACAUCGCAGACAUCGGCAGCAUUGUAGUUCUGAUGGCACGGAGGCGCAUGUCUCAGACCUCAUCAGAGGAGCUCUCUGAAUGUUCGGACUCUACCAGCGAUGGGAAGAGCCAGUACAGAAUGAUCUGCUAUGUCUUUGAAUCAGAGGAUGCGCAGCUAAUCGCACAGUCUAUUGGUCAGGCGUUCAGUGUGGCCUACAGGGAAUUCCUGCGAGCCAAUGGCAUCAACCCCACCGACUUGAGCCAGAAACAAUACAGUGACAUCAUCAGCUCCCAGGAAAUGUACCACGAUGACCUCGUCCAUUUCUCAAAUUCAGACAACUGUAAAGAGCUGUAUAUAGAGAAGCAGAAAGGCGAGAUCCUCGGUGUGGUAAUAGUCGAGUCUGGCUGGGGCUCCAUUCUGCCCACGGUCAUCCUGGCCAGCAUGCUGAACAGUGGGCCCGCAGCUCGCUCUGGAAAACUCAGCGUGGGCGACCAGAUUAUGUCCAUCAAUGACACCAGUCUCGUGGGGCUGCCACUGGCCACCUGCCAGGGCAUCAUUAAGGGUCUGAAGAACCAGGUGAAGGUAAAGCUGAGUAUUGUAAGCUGCCCUCCUGUCACCACCGUCCUCAUCAAGAGACCUGAUCUCAAGUUCCAGCUCGGCUUCAGUGUUCAAAAUGGCAUCAUCUGCAGCCUGAUGCGAGGCGGUAUCGCUGAGAGAGGCGGCGUUCGUGUUGGACACAGAAUCAUUGAAAUAAACGGUCAGAGUGUAGUUGCCAUGGCACACGAGAAGAUAGUUCAAACCCUGUCCAUCUCUGUGGGUGAGAUCAACAUGAAGACGAUGCCUGCUGUGAUGUUCAGACUGCUGACGGGACAGGAGACGCCCGUCUACAUAUAGAGGACCCGCAUGGAUCAGCCCCACUGUAGCUCUGCAUGUCUGGCUGCGUGACGACAAUAAGACAG